AUUAUCCAUCCCAAUUCGUUCUUUGUUUUCGUUGUUGUUACUACUGUCUGUCUGUGCCGUACCGCCGUCUAUGAAUCCCACCCUUCUUCUCUUUGCCUAAGUCUUCCAUCUAAUAGUUUGGUUUGCUAGUCUUCCAUCGAAUCCCUGAAUGAAUCCCAACUCACCAUCUUUUCUUGUGGUAAAUCAACUGUGGGGGUGAUUCAAAGUAGUCGUUCAAGUGUAUCUUACAGGUACCGAUUUAGUAUUACCAGUCUCAAUUUUGAAGAAGGAACAUCGUCAUCAUCGUCGGCAUACUAUAUAUACUUAGGUCAGAUACUCGGAUAGAUAGGAAUCGAUCGGGCUAUGUCAAUACCCAAAGAGCCGGAGCAGGUGAUGAAGCAAAGAGAUGGAUCCGUGCUUGGGAAAAAGACCAUUCUCAAGAGCGACCAUUUUCCCGGAUGUCAGAACAAGCGAUUGUCUCCCCAAAUCGACGGUGCCCCAAAUUAUCGUCAGGCCGAAUCAUUGCAUGUGCAUGGUGUUGCGAUCCCAACUAUUGAUGGGAUUCGGAAUGUUCUUACAUAUCUUGGGGCUCAAAUGGAUGGGAAGCAAGCAAAUGUUCUUUGGAUCAACCUUCGCGAGGAACCAGUGGUUUAUAUUAAUGGACGGCCAUUUGUCUUGCGUGAGGUUGAGAGACCCUUCUCCAAUCUUGAAUACACGGGCAUCAAUAGGGCAAGAGUAGAGCAAAUGGAAGAUCGGUUGAGGGAAGACAUAUUGCUAGAAGCUGCAAGAUAUGGAAAUAAGAUCCUAGUAACCGAUGAACUGCCAGAUGGUCAGAUGGUGGACCAGUGGGAGCCAGUUACACCCGAAUCUGUGAAAACACCACUGCAGGUGUAUUUGGAGCUGCAAACAAGGCAGUUCCUUGUCGACUAUGAACGCAUCCCAGUAACAGAUGAAAAAUCACCCAAAGAACAGGAUUUUGAUAUAUUGGUUGAUCGAAUUUCCAAAGCUGAUGUGAAGACAGAGAUCAUCUUCAAUUGUCAAAUGGGGCGUGGACGUACUACCACAGGGAUGGUGAUUGCUACAUUGAUCUAUUUCAACCUAAUAGGAGCUUCUGGCAUCCCAAGGACAAACUCAAUUGGAAAAGUUUCUGUAUGUGGCUCAAAUGCAAGUGACAACAUGCUAAACACAGAGGAGGCACUUCGUAGAGGGGAAUAUACUGUCAUAAGAAGCUUGAUCCGGGUGUUAGAGGGUGGUGUUGAAGGCAAAAGACAAGUGGACAAAGUAAUUGAUAAGUGUGCCUCCAUGCAGAACUUACGUGAAGCUAUUGCUACAUAUCGAAAUAGUAUUUUGCGUCAACCCGAUGAGAUGAAGAGGGAGGCAUUGCUUUCUUUUUUCGUUGAGUACCUGGAAAGAUAUUACUAUCUUAUAUGCUUUGCUGUGUAUCUCCAUAUAGAGAGAGCAGUGCAUCAUCUUAGAUCUCCUGGCCAUUUCAAUUUUUAUGAUUGGAUGAAAGCAAGGCCUGAGCUGUAUACCAUAAUUCGCAGGUUGUUGAGGAGGGACCCAAUGGGUGCACUUGGUUAUGCAAAUCUAAAACCGUUGAACAAAAUAACCAAAUCUGUCGAUGGUCACCCUUGUGAGAUGGGCAUAGUUGCUGUCUCAAGGACUGGGGAGGUGUUGGGAAGUCAAACUGUUCUUAAAAGUGAUCACUGUCCUGGCUGUCAACAAUCUAAUUUGCCUGAGAGAGUAGAGGGAGCACCCAAUUUUAGAGAAAUUCCGGGUUUCCCAGUUUAUGGUGUUGCAAACCCAACUGUCGAAGGAAUUCAGUCUGUUAUUCAAAGGAUAUGCAGCUCUAAAGAUGGAAGGCCAGUCUUUUGGCACAACAUGAGAGAAGAACCUGUUAUCUACAUUAAUGGAAAACCCUUUGUGCUUCGCGAGGUUGAAAGACCUUACAAGAACAUGCUGGAGUAUACGGGAAUUGACCGUGAAAGAGUAGAGAGGAUGGAAGCCCGACUAAAAGAAGAUAUUCUUCGAGAAUCUGAACGUUACGAAGGUGACAUUAUGGUUAUUCACGAAACUGAAGAUGGAGAAAUAUUUGAUGCUUGGGAGCAUGUAAGCUUUGAUGUGGUCCAGACCCCACUAGAGGUUUUCAGAUCCUUAGAGGCUGAUGGCUUCCCCAUCAAGUAUGCCCGUGUACCUAUCACUGAUGGCAAAGCUCCCAAAAGUUCAGAUUUUGACACACUGGCUCUGAAUAUUUCAUCUGCAUCUAAGGAUACAGCAUUUGUAUUUAAUUGCCAGAUGGGUAGAGGGCGGACAACCACUGGCACUGUUAUUGCUUGUCUUCUGAAACUUCGAAUUGAUUAUGGGAGACCUAUUAGAAUUUUACUUGAUGAUGUGCCAUGUGGAGAGUUAGACAAUGGUACAUCAAGUGGUGAUGAAAGUGGUCAUUAUGCCGAGUCCAUAUCAAGUGUUGCUAAGGGCAGAGCAAGAGUCGAUUCAAGUCAUGCAUUUGGUAUAAACGACAUCCUUCUGUUGUGGAAAAUAACGAGAUUUUUUGAAAAUGGAGUGGAAUGCCGAGAAGCCCUGGAUGCGGUCAUCGAUAGAUGUUCAGCACUGCAGAAUAUACGCCAAGCUGUACUGCAGUAUAGAAAAUUAUUCAAUCAACAGCAUGUUGAACCAAGGGAAAGGAGGGUGGCAUUGAACCGUGGUGCUGAGUACUUGGAACGUUAUUUUCGGUUAAUUGCUUUUGCAGCAUAUCUUGGAAGUGAAGCUUUUGAUGGGUUCUGUGGACAAGGAGAAUACAAGAUUACCUUUAAAAGUUGGUUACAUCAGAGACCUGAAGUCCAAGCUAUGAAAUGGUCUAUAAGAUUGAGACCUGGACGGUUCUUUAGUGUCCCUGAAGAGUUGAGAGCUCCACAGGAGUCUCAACACGGUGAUGCAGUAAUGGAGGCUAUUGUUAAAAAACGUAAUGGUUCUGUUCUGGGGAAGGGAUCGAUACUUAAAAUGUACUUUUUUCCUGGUCAGAGAACUUCUAGCCAUAUACAAAUCCAUGGUGCUCCACAUGUUUACAAGGUGGAUGGCUAUCCUGUGUAUUGCAUGGCAACUCCAACAAUUGCCGGUGCCAAGGAGAUGCUAGCUUAUUUAGGUGCCAGGCCCACUUCAGAAGGAAAUGGUCCUCAAAAAGUGAUAUUAACCGAUUUGCGGGAAGAAGCUGUUGUUUACAUCAAUGGCACACCUUUCGUUCUUAGGGAACUUAAUAAACCUGUAGACACACUCAAGCAUGUGGGGAUCACUGGUUCAGUGGUAGAACACAUGGAGGCAAGGCUAAAGGAGGAUAUUAUAUCGGAGAUCAGAAAAUGUGGUGGUCGAAUGCUUUUACACCGUGAAGAAUAUAACCCUGCUUCGAAUCAGGCCAGUGUAGUAGGAUAUUGGGAAAAUAUCUUUGUAGAGGACGUGAAGACACCUACCGAAGUAUAUGCUGCUUUGAGAGACGAUGGGUACGAUAUAACGUACAGAAGGAUACCAUUGACUAGGGAGAGGGAGGCCUUGGCUUCUGAUGUUGAUGCAAUUCAGUACUGUAUGGACAAUUCUGCAGGGUCUUAUCUCUUUGUCUCACACACAGGAUUUGGGGGUGUUGCAUAUGCGAUGGCUAUCAUAUGUAUAAGACUUCAAUCCGAAGGGAAGUUAGCAUCACAUGAUGCACCAGCACAAGCGGGUAAUAGACAUGCAUCCUCGUCAAUUGCGCAGAAUUUUUCUUCUGAAGAUUCAUAUUUAGAAGCACGUGAAAAGGGUGAUUACCGUGACAUACUUAGCCUUACUAGAGUUCUUGUGCAUGGUCCUGAGAGCAAAUCAGAUGUGGACAAUGUAAUAGAAAGGUGUGCUGGAGCUGGCCAUCUUCGAGACGACAUUCUCUUCUAUAGCAAGGAACUUGAGAAGUUUGAAGGUAAUGAUGACGACCAUGAAGCAUACAUCAUGGAUAUGGGAAUCAAAGCAUUGAGGCGCUACUUUCUACUGAUCAUGUUUAGAUCCUACCUAUACUGUACUUCUGCUAUAGAGAUGAAAUUCACGACUUGGAUGGUGGGCAGGCCUGAACUUGGCCAUCUUUGUAAUAACCUCAGGAUCGAUAAAUAAUGUAAAUGUCUGUAAUGCCUUAUUUGUGUAUAGUCGGAUGUUCAUUCUAGUUCUAGUCCCGCCCUUCUGCCAACUCACCAGCCAGCCAGCCAGCCAAAUAUUAAUGAUUCUAUCAUUCUUUGGGAUGCUUGAUAGUUAUCAAGUGCUGAGCUGGGGUAGACCUUUUUGUAGAUUAUAUAUACAUUUGGCCACCCAUCUGAUGGCUUAGCUUUGAGUUUUCAUUGUAUGCAACUUACAGAAUUAAUUGCGCCUUGGCUCCCGUUGCUUUCGACUUGCA